CACAUAACAACGCACAUGUGCAAGUCUAAUUUAGAAAAUAAUAAUAAAAUAAAAUACGAUUAUGGUGCGUAAGCUGAAAUAUCAUGAGCAGAAAUUGCUCAAGAAGGUCGAUUUCAUCACAUGGAAAGUGGACAACAGCAGCAAAGAGAACAAAAUCCUGCGACGCUAUCACAUACAAAAGCGGGAGGACUACACAAAAUACAACAAAUUGGCUCGUGAAAUUCGACAGCUGGCGGAGAAAAUAGCUAAACUUGACGCAACGGAUCCAUUUAAGGCCGAAGCUUCAGCGAUGCUCAUGAAUAAAUUGCAUGCGUUGGGAGUUGCCAAUGAUCAUCUUACUUUGGAGACAGCCAGCAAAAUGUCAGCAAGCAACUUUUGUCGUCGCCGCUUGCCCGUCAUCGUGGUCAAAUUGCGAAUGUCGGAGAAUCUAAAACAUGCCACCAAUCUCAUUGAGCAGGGACAUGUCCGUGUCGGCCCCGAAAUGGUUAAGGAUCCUGCUUUCCUUGUCUCCCGCAACUUGCAAGACUUUGUCACCUGGGUGGAUGGAUCCAAAAUUAAGGAGCAUGUACUUCGCUAUAAUGACAUGCGCGAUGAUUUCCAAAUGUAAACGACAAUUACAAUUAAAUUAUCCUUUUUUUUAGUACACACAA